AUGGGAGACAUCGAUUUCAAUCUCGAUAACACCAAAUUAUCCGUCGCUUUGGUCUGCAUCGGAUCGGCUGCUUUGGUGGUAACAAUCUACCAUUGCAUUGCCGUGGGAUGGUGCCACCCCCACCGUGAUAGCCAAGCUCAAGGAGCACAACAAGCACAAGCUCAACAACAUUCAUUGAGACAUGAAGUGUUAGAGAUAGCAAGCUUAGAGAAUUUAGCAACCCAACUCAUUCCAGCCGAUGAGUACCAGAAGGGCAUGGGCUUGGUGGAUGAUGAUGAAAUGUGUGCAGUUUGCUUGUCUCAAUUUGAAGAGGGUGAAGAGUUAAGGACAUUACCAGAAUGCCUGCAUUCAUACCAUGCUCCAUGCAUUGAUAUGUGGUUUUAUUCACAUUCAAGUUGCCCCAUGUGCCGUACUGAUGCCACUCCGUCGCCCAAAAUAUUUCACUGUCAGUCGGAUUCAGGUUCUGUGCAUGUAGAUUCCGGUACCACGAAGCUUUCAAGUUUAAUUUCAAUCUGCGCUACAAUUGCAAUUUUCAAUCUCACCAUUGUGCCGAACAGAUCUUUUUCGGAUAUAUUUUGA